AUGCCCAGGACUGUAUCCAGCAAGCUUGUUCUUCUCGACGAGUUCUCUGACUUCCGUGUCCAAGUCGUUUGCGAUGCUGACGCUGCGUUUCUGCUAUAUGCAGGUGCCGCAUUCCUUACGCAAACCGUGAAGCUUGACGAGGCGACGAACGUCAAGUUCGAGAUCUGGGACACUGUGAGUUUGCCGUGGUCCACCUGCUACAAGAGUCUCGCCCCCAUCUACUUCCGCAAUGCCAACGCUGCGAUCAUUGUCUACGACAUUACGCAGCCUCCAGAGACCUCUUUCGACAAGGCGAAGGCGUGGGUUCGCGAGCUGCAGCGCCAGGCGGAUCCGAACAUUGUCAUCAUGCUCGUCGGAAACAAGCUCGAUCUUGCCUCGCAGCGCAAGACCCCUCGCGAGCUCGGCCAGCAGUUCGCGCAGGAAGAGGGGCUUCUGUUCUGCGAGGCGAGUGCCAAGUCGGGCGAGGGCGUCGAGAGCAUGUUCAUGGAGAUCGCGAAGGCGCUUCCGCUCAACGCCCCCAAGCCUGGACAGCAGGGCGGCGUCAAGGUGAACCCGCAGCAGCAGGAGGCGCAGAGCGCCUGUAACUGUUAG